GGAGAAGCUCCUGCUGAGGGAGCGGUGGGGACAGUGCCUACGAGGAGAGGCAUCCGCUGCUUGAGAGGAUCCUCCAGCUGUGUCCUUGCUCCACACUGGGGGCACCGUGGUCCCUGGGGACAUGGGUCCUGCUCUCCUCCUGCUGCUCACUGCAGCCGGUGCCUGGCACGGCUCAGCAUCCCCAGUGGUCAGCCCUGACCUCCCUGUUCUGGUUGUCAACACGGGUGAUCCAGUCAUCUUGCACUGCUCAGGAGAGUCCGAAGUUGAAUGGAAAAGCCGAAAGGAUACAUUCAGCAACCACACCAGCAGCAUGAUCAAUAUUCCCAAGGCUACUUACAGGGAUACAGGCACCUAUAAGUGUGCUUAUGUCAACAGCAGUGACAAGGGCAUUGCCAGUGUGCAUCUGUUCGUGCGAGAUCCGAAUAACGUGUGGUACACCCCGUCUUUCCGGAUCUUUGUGACUAAAGGUGGUAACGUUGAGCUCCCCUGCCUCAUCACAGCCCCUGAGUAUGGAUCCAGCGUGACUCUGAUAAUGGAAGAUGGUUCUCCUCUCCCACCUGGGACCAACUAUACUUUCAGUACUGAGAAAGGAAUAACACUAUACAAUGUGCAAAGCAAGCAGAAGGGCUCUUACCGAUGCCAAGCAGUGAUAAAUGGAAAAAUAGAGAAGUCAUCAAGAUUAAGACUGUUUGUGGAAGAAGCACUGGAGAAGCCUGUAUCAGUGAUAAUGGAACCUGUAGAUCACGUGCGAAUUGUGGGCGAACCUUUCGAAGUCACUUGCAAAGUAAUUGCUCCUUCCCACAAGUAUGACAUCAGAUGGGUGACAGCAGCAAAGAAUGUCAAGAGAUCUAAAAAGUCCAGCUUUGAAAAUGAGAACUACUUCAUCAGUGACAUCCUGUCCAUUCCAGCAGUGACCAUGGAAGACAGUGGGAAAUACACCUGUAUAGCUAACAACUCAGCAGGGUUUAGGAAUGCCUCGACAAUGCUUCAGGUAGUAGAGAGAGGUUAUGUGUUCCUGACCCCAGUGCAAGCCACCAGCCAGGAGAUUGCUUUGGGAGAGAGUCUGCAGCUGCAGGUCCACAUUGAGGCUUACCCAAAACUUCUCCACUGGAACUGGAAGCACACAAACCCAUUGAAGAGCUCUAGAGCCAGUGCAUUCCAGGUCCAAAUGAUCUCUGGAAACAACUGGUAUAACAACACGCUUUUCCUGAACCGCCUGCAGGAAGGAGAGGGAGGUCUCUAUACAUUUUAUGCCCACAACAAUGAGACCAAUGCAUCAGUAAACUUCAGUAUUUCUGUGAAAUCUCCUCCAAGGGUCUGCAGAAUCAAGGUGCCAGCCAAUGACUCCAUCCUUCAAUGCAUGGCCAUCGGCUACCCUGCCCCACGCAUUGAGUGGUACCACUGCCCCAUUCACUCUGACAGAUACAAUGAGGACUAUAGGUUGCUACUGAACGAUUCCAGUCCCCAGGUGGUGAACAUGUUGCCCUUCCAAGAGGUGGAGGUGGAGAGUGUUGUCCCAUUCCAGGAGCUGGGUGCCAAUUUCACCUUCUGCUGUGUAGCCAUUAACGGAGGGGGGAAUGCUUCUGACAUGUUUCACUCACUCACCAUCACUAGAAAUGUCAUGGCUCCCCCAAACAAGCUCUUCAGCCCCAUUCUCUCCAUCUGCAUAGGCACAUCAGUCCUGCUGCUGCUCCUACUCCUCUUCCUCCUCUACAAGUACAACCAGAAACCCAAGUACCAGGUGCGGUGGAAGAUCAUUGAGGCCUGUGAAGGAAAUAACUACAUCUUUAUUGAUCCCACUCAGCUGCCAUACAAUGAAAAAUGGGAGUUUCCCAGGAAUAACCUCCAGUUUGGAAAAACUCUUGGAGCAGGUGCCUUUGGAAAAGUGGUAGAAGCCACUGCUUUUGGCCUGGGCAAAGAAGAUUCAGUCCUCAAAGUGGCUGUGAAGAUGCUAAAGUCAUCAGCAGACACGGAUGAGCAGGAGGCUCUCAUGUCUGAGCUGAAGAUCAUGAGUCACUUGGGACACCAUGAGAACAUUGUUAACCUUCUGGGAGCAUGUACCUAUGGAGGCCCAAUUCUUGUUAUCACUGAGUACUGUCGCUACGGAGAUCUGCUGAAUUUCCUGCGGAAGAAGGCUGAAUCCAUAAUUAUCCAAGAUUCUGCCCUGGACACUUCUUUAGACAGCACUGCUGAUUACAAAAACAUUGACCUAGAGAAGAAAUACAUCCGCAGUGACAGUGGCUUUUCGAGCCAGGGUUUAGAAACAUAUGUUGAAAUGAGGCCUGUGUCGUCGUCAUCAUCUUCAGCGUCAUCAGAUUCUGCACAAGCCAAGGGGAAAAGCUCAGAGGAAGAAGAAACCAGGGAGGACCUCCGUCCCCUCAAUCUCUCUGACCUGCUACAGUUCUCCAGCCAGGUGGCCCAGGGCAUGGCGUUCCUCGCAUCAAAGAACUGCAUCCAUCGUGACUUAGCAGCAAGGAAUGUGCUCAUAUCAGAUGGACGGGUAGCCAAGAUCUGUGACUUCGGCCUGGCCCGUGAUAUCAUGAAUGACUCGAACUAUGUUGUAAAAGGCAAUGCCCGCCUGCCUGUGAAAUGGAUGGCGCCAGAGAGCAUCUUUGACUGCAUUUACACAGUGCAGAGUGAUGUGUGGUCUUACGGCAUCCUCCUCUGGGAGAUCUUCUCCCUCGGUAAAAGUCCCUAUCCCGGCAUGGUGGUGAACAGCAAGUUCUACAGCAUGGUGAAGCAGGGAUACCAGAUGGCCAGGCCUGACUUCGCCCCCUUGGAAAUGUACAGCAUCAUGCAGGCAUGCUGGAGCCUGGAGCCCACCCAGAGACCGACCUUCGACCAGAUCGGCUGCUUCAUUCAGAAAGAACUGGAGGUGCAUAAGGAGCAGGACUACACCAAUCUCCCCUCCACUACUGAGGAAGACAGUGGCUGCGAUACCUCCGGCUGCUGCGAGGAGUCCUGUGAGCAAGAGGAGAGUGGCCAGCCCCUUCUCAAGAGCAACAACUAUCAGUUCUGUUAGCUGGCACCAUCGCCUGGGGCAGAUCCCUGUCCUCCCAGCUCCACAGAGCACAUGGUUCUGCUCUGCCCUAGGACCCAGAUGCCUUCUGCUUUGGCUCUCCUCUCUGCUUUCUGAAGUCCAAGUGUUACCAACUCCCUCACUGAAAGGAUAACGCUGGAGCAACUCAAAAUCAAGCCUUGCCCCGGGUUAACCAAGGUCUUAUCUCAAGCGUAGCACAGACUUGUUAGGAUGGUAACACGUUCCAUCUCUACAUGGUACAGAGAGGUCCCUGUCACCUGCCUCCCCACCCCCUGGAGGAAGCUGUGGGGUGUUUGUUAUUUGUAGUUUUUUUUAAAAACAGUAGUUGUAGCCAAGUCACCCACAUGACUGAAGCCUUAUGUUUUAUGAGUACAUCUUGAACUAGGUCCUGAAGCUGGAACUAUUCCAUGCACCAGAAGCAGCCCUCUUUCUUGGUGGUCCUGCUCUCUUCCCUUAGUCAGACCCUCCAUGUUGCAUAGAGAGUUGUUUAGAUAUAAGUAAAGCCUCUACUUAGCAUUAAAUAUGCAUUAACCUCUACAUUUCUUCAUGCAAUCUAUCCCUCUGCAGCUCAUGCUUCUGCAGGGAGUGUUCUGGGUGAAGUAAGCCAAGGAGCCAACCCCAGGGUUAUGUGAACUUGUGCCCCAGGACCAAGGGGCAGUUAUUUCUCAGGUAAAAUACAGAAGUUAACCAGUGUUCUGCCACAGGAGCACUUACACAACCCCAACCCAGGAAAGAAUGGCAGCUUAAAGAGGUCUGGAAAUGAUCAACAUAACACAUAUCCUACAAAACUUCUGACUUAUUAAACAUGUAGCAAUCACUGCCUUUAUCAUGGUUACAGAUAUGCUCUUGUAUGUAUUUUAAUGAGUGUAGUUUUAGUAGUUCAGCUGAGGCAAUUAUUUUCAUAAGCUAGGGCCUAAUGCCCUUAAACCUAUUUCUCACCUAGCUCUUGUUCAAGGUUACCAAUGCCCCAGCCACCCAGUCUAGUGUAGCUAUCAGAAGUAGCUAAAGAACCUUCUUAGCUUCACCUGACUUGGUGGGUAAAGGAUCAGUAUUCCAGGUACAAGCACUGACAGGGCUCAGGCAAACUACAGUAUCACAAGUGGCCUUUGUCAUACUGUGAGCAACUACCUUGUGGGCCACUUCUGCCUUAUUAAACCUGGUUUUACGCUAACACCAAGUGAUUCAUUCUUUACUAAAUAAGAAGCCAAUGUAUUUCUGUCUGUCAGCAUUAUAAAGAAUAAAAUGUUUAACACAAUGAGUCUCUUCCAGGACUCCAAGGACUUUUAAGGGGAAUGGAUCAGAGCCUGGGUGAUGCUCUGGCCCAUCUUCUCACACCUUCCACCUCUGUUCCAAUUCCUUGGUAUCAGUUCUCAAAACCAUUCAAUCUUGUGUAAUAUAAAAAUUUAUUAAAAGUAAGGUUGUAAAGCA